AUGGCAGGGAGUAGCCAGGGCCAGGCGGCCGAGUGUGAGCUGGACAGUCAGUGUCAAACAGGCUCGUACUGUGUACCGAGACUGUUCGUGUGUCGCCGCUGUCUGCACUGUGAUCUACUGCACAGGGAGCCUCCGCCGGUGUCCACGGACUGCGUCAAAUCUGUGUCGGAGUGUGGACCCUGCGUUAGAGGGCUGGUGGAGGAAGUGGGCGGUGAUGUGACGGACUGCGUGCCAUCCGAGAGCGCCGGCUCCUUCCCUAUGUGGGCAGCCGGAGCCCUAGCGCUCGGUCUAGUUUUAUUCGUGGCGGGCGCGGCGCUCGUCUAUUACAUGCUGAGGAACAACCUGUUCAACGUUACGUCCAUCAAGACCCUGACCUCCACGUCCGUGUCUCCGACGGCGCCCGAGCAGCCCGGGCCGCCGCCCCCGUACUACACGGUGCCCUACACCGACAUAGACCACCGACCACAGGACCUCAGCCACCAGCCCGGACGAUACCACCGCACUGAUGGCCACGGACAACCCGCGAGCGACUCAGAAGGUGACGCGCUCAUGGAGUACAAGAAGACGAGGCCCGAGGCCGGGGACGCUCACACGCGCGGCACGGACGGACGGCAGGCAGCCACGCCUUACAACAACCCGGACUACGUGAGGGUCCCGCCCGCCGAGGAGUCUCCAGGUCCAGCGGAGACCGGGUCUCCCUCCGUGACCCUCACCCUUCCUCCCAGCGACCCCUCACACGACGAGGACACCGCGCAGAGUACCUGGACCCCGGGACAUGCAGACACACACCACAACGACAGCGGUCUAGGCGGCGUUGAGCUCACCGAGCUACUGUCCGCCGCCAGGCGUUCCACGCUCGUGAGAGACCCGCGGACUUUUACACAGGAGAGCAAUAACGCACGGAACACGUCGUCUUCAGGCGCGGGUGGUGAGGGAGGUCUUGGUGGGCUGGGCGGUGCGGGCGGCGGCGGUGUGAAGGCGUUCUUCAUCAACAUACAGCAGAAUAUGUUCCCGGAGGCGCCUCGCUCACAGGUCAAUGACCCUUCACCGAGCUGUACUUACAGGUAG